UAUUUGCCGUCAGAGUAAAGUUGUACAGUCAAAACCAGAGAAGAGAUUCAAUAAGAAUAACGUCGUGUUAAAUCACCUUAUUAAGUCGACAUGGAUGUUGUGUGUUUCUCCUUUGACUGUACCUUCAAUGAUGAUGGAAGUUCGAACUGUAAACAAUCUACGACGCCAACAUCUACAGUAAAAUCAACUUCAUCACGCCCAUCUUCACAGAAACCUUCGGUUGUAACUUCACAGAAACCUUCCAUUGUAACGUCACAGAAACCUUCGGUUGUAACGUCACAGAAACCUUCCAUUGUAACGUCACAGAAACCUUCCAUUGUAACGUCACAGAAACCUUCCAUUGUAACGUCACAGAAACCUUCCGUUGUAACGUCACAGAAACCUUCGGUUGUAACUACAUCAGUACCAAAACUAUCUCCUGGCAAGCCAUCUUCGACGCCAAUAUCUACAGGGAGACCUACUUCGUCACACCAAUCUUCUCAGAAACCUAUAGUGACGACUACAUCUAAAAGUUCUAUAUCAACCGUGACGUUAACACAUAUAGUAACUACUCCUAUGGUCGUUACAACCACCGCCAACAGCAGUCGACUGUCAGAUCCCCCAUUGCCUCAUAAAGUGACAUCACAUCCGCCCAUUAACUCUGCUGGUGGAAAGUCAAUCUACAUACCGUGUUUGGUGGUGGGUUGUGUAGUAGUCUUCCUCUUCGUCAGUAUUGGUAUGAUACGUCGGCAUAGAAACCGAAGACGAAGGUCGGACGACAGACAACCGUUGAAUUCUGAAGCCGAAUGUGACCUGACUUUUGAAGAUCCUCCAUUCCAAUUUAACGUACAGACAAGUUUUGUCCAACCAUUAACAGGACACGGUGACCCCAGAUUUUCAAUCGACGAUAACAGUGACAAAGAAGACAAUGACGCUAAACGUCUUGGUUUUCAUUAUUUAAGUUCGAACGAUAGUGAUGAUUUGGAAACAUCACCACAAAUUGAUUGUGAUGAAGUCGUAUUUGACGCAAGCACUGUCCUUCAAAAACAACGAAAACAUGGUGGCAAUAACUCAGGAGUUGUUUGAAUACUUGGCCGAUUGUGUAAUACAUAAUUUGACCAUAAAAAGGAUGUUAAUAAAAUCUUACCAGGACAUAGUUCUUAACCGUGGCGCUUGUUUCGGAUAUAGAAUAACCGAUUUUAGAUACUUGUUGGAAUCGUUUCUGGCUACAACAAGUUUGUUUUGAAGGAUAACUAUGUGCAUUGGUUCGAUAUUAUGUUUUUAUCCCAUUGUAACUUAAAAUACAUUGUGCAAGAGUGACGUCAGAAACAACAAUGACAAAGCGUUCUAGAUUCAUCUCUCACACCAUUGAAUUGAAGUCUGUAUUUUGAAUUAUCUUUGAUUAAACAGACUUUACUUAAUGCAGGUCGGUGAAGACUAGUUAAUAUUCGUCAUAAUGAACUCAUCGGAAAUAUUUAUUUCCUUGUGUAAUCUUGAUGUUUUUAUUGUGCUGAUAAGUGGGCCCUGUGGUUUCGUCGUCAUUACUUUAGUUCUCAUUUAUAUUGCAGCUGUCGCCAUUGAGCGCAAAACACUUACCCGGAAAUCCUGGUCUUAUUUUCCUGGUAUUUUGUUCAUGUUAAUAUUUUUGUGCAUAUUCUGCAUUAUUGCCAUAGUAUUUAGUUCCAAUUACGAUUUCGUUGGUUGUCACUUCAGAACUCCCUUAUUGUGCUUUUACCUUAUUAUGUUAUCAAAUUACUUUAUUCAGAUCACACGAUUAGGUUAUUCAUAAUAAUAAGAAAACGAUGAUUUAAAAUUCAUGUUCCUCUGGGCUAACUGAGCUACUUGGCAGUUUUGUAAGCUAGUGCUACAAUUAUAUCCAAAACGCAAUUAAGGGGAGGUAACUUCGGUUUUGGUGUUUUGCCUACAUAGGGACAGAGAUCCUUUGAAUUUACUGCUGUUUUUGUCUUUGUCGAAGAACCAAAUAGUCACUUAAUGCUUCUGUGUUGCUAUUGGUGCAAUUCAUUACCAAUUUGUAAGGGUUUUAUCCAAGAAAUAUUUAUGAA